UGGGAUGGGACGGGACGGGCCGGGAUGGGAGCGGGUGAGGGGACGGCCGAGCCCGCCGCCGGCUUUAAAUGCGGGCCCGGGCCGGCGCCGCCAGCACAGCCGCGCCUCUCGCUCGGGCUGCCGCGGGCGCUCACCCACACGGACACGGACACGGGCGGGCAGGUGUAGGGCCCCCGCCAUGCCCCACUGAGCCAGCCCGCAGCCCGUCCGCAGCGCCCGCCCGCCGCCACGGCUGCCCCGCAGCCCCCGCCCGCCGCCAGGCUGGAGGAGCGCCGCAAGCCCGAGCCCCGGAGGAUGGAGGACGAGGCAGUACUGGAUAGAGGGGCUUCCUUCCUUAAACACGUAUGUGAUGAAGAAGAAGUGGAAGGUCACCACACCAUUUACAUCGGGGUCCACGUGCCGAAGAGCUACAGGCGGAGGAGGCGUCACAGAAGAAGAGCUGGGCACAAAGAAAAGAAAGAAAAGGAGAAAAUCUCGGAGAACUACUCGGACAAAUCAGACGUGGAAAACGCUGAUGAGACAAGCAGCAGCAUCCUUAAACCACUCAUCUCCCCCGCCGCCGAGCGCAUCCGCUUCAUCCUCGGAGAGGAAGAUGACAGCCCCGCGCCCCCGCAGCUCUUCACCGAGCUGGACGAGCUUCUGGCUGUCGAUGGACAGGAGAUGGAGUGGAAGGAGACUGCAAGGUGGAUCAAGUUUGAGGAGAAGGUGGAGCAAGGCGGGGAGCGAUGGAGCAAACCGCACGUGGCCACCUUGUCUCUGCACAGCCUGUUCGAGCUGAGGACGUGCAUAGAGAAGGGCUCCAUCAUGCUGGAUAUGGAGGCCUCUUCCCUCCCACAGGUGGUGGAGAUGAUCGUUGACAAUCAGAUCGAGACGGGGCUGCUGAAAUCCGAGCUGAAGGACAAGGUCACCUACACGCUGCUCAGGAAGCACCGGCACCAGACCAAGAAAUCCAACCUGCGCUCGCUGGCUGACAUUGGAAAGACCGUCUCCAGUGCAAGUAGGAUGUUUUCCAACCCCGAUAAUGCACGCAGCCCGCUGGAGAGCUCCGUGCCCUGCCUGGCCACGCGCACGCUGGACGAUGAACUGGGAGUGCAGCGCAGCCCCAGCGUGGGAUGGCUCAGCAGCCCGGCCAUGGCUCACCGAAACCUGACUUCCACCAGCCUCAACGACAUCUCGGACAAGCCUGAGAAGGACCAGCUGAAGAAUAAAUUCAUGAAGAAGUUGCCUCGUGACGCUGAGGCCUCCAACGUGCUGGUCGGGGAGGUGGAUUUCCUGGAGAGCCCCUUCAUUGCCUUCGUGCGGCUGCAGCAGGCGGUCAUGCUGGGAGCUCUCACCGAGGUCCCUGUUCCCACACGAUUUCUCUUCAUUCUGCUGGGACCAAAGGGCAAAGCCAAGUCCUAUCAUGAGAUCGGCCGAGCCAUUGCCACGCUGAUGUCGGAUGAGGUAUUCCAUGACAUUGCCUAUAAAGCCAAGGACCGUCAGGACCUGAUCGCAGGCAUCGAUGAAUUUCUGGAUGAAGUCAUUGUGCUCCCCCCUGGGGAAUGGGAUCCAGCCAUUAGGAUAGAGCCCCCCAAGUCUCUCCCUUCUUCAGAUAAGAGGAAGAACAUGUACUCGGGCGGGGAGAACGUGCAGAUGAACGGCGACACGCCCCACGACGGCGGCCACGGCGGCGGCGGCCACGGCGACUGCGAGGAGCUGCAGCGCACGGGCAGAUUCUGCGGGGGUUUGAUCAAAGACAUCAAGAGGAAAGCGCCGUUCUUCGCCAGCGACUUCUACGACGCUUUAAACAUCCAGGCCCUCUCAGCCAUCCUCUUCAUCUACCUGGCCACUGUCACCAAUGCCAUCACUUUUGGGGGAUUGCUUGGAGAUGCUACGGAGAACAUGCAGGGCGUGCUGGAGAGCUUCCUGGGCACCGCUGUCACCGGUGCUGUGUUUUGCCUUUUGGCUGGCCAGCCCCUCACCAUUCUGAGCAGCACCGGACCCGUCCUGGUCUUUGAGCGGCUCCUCUUCAAUUUCAGCAAGGACAAUGACUUUGACUACCUGGAGUUCCGCCUCUGGAUCGGCCUCUGGUCAGCCUUCCAGUGUCUCAUUCUCGUGGCCACCGACGCCAGCUUCCUGGUCAAGUACUUCACCCGCUUCACCGAAGAAGGAUUUUCCUCCCUGAUCAGCUUCAUCUUCAUUUAUGAUGCUUUCAAGAAGAUGAUCAAGCUGGCAGAUCAUUAUCCCAUCAACUCCCAGUUCAAGGUGGACUAUAUCACUCAUUACUCUUGUGCCUGUAAACCACUAGAUCCAGUUAAUAGCUCAUUACUUAACAGGACAAUGGUGCUGUCAGACUAUGAGCUGGUCUCUCCCUCCUCUGAGCUGGCCAACACCACCAUUGACUGGGCAGCUCUGACAGCCAAGGACUGCUUGAAGUACGGGGGUCAGCUUGUGGGCAACAACUGUGACUAUGUCCCUGACAUCACCCUCAUGUCUUUCAUCCUCUUCUUCGGCACUUACACCUGCUCCAUGGCCCUGAAGAAAUUCAAGACCAGUCGCUACUUUCCCACCACUGCCCGGAAGCUCAUCAGUGACUUUGCCAUUAUCCUGUCCAUUUUGAUCUUCUGUGGAAUAGAUGCCCUGGUCGGUGUGGACACACCAAAACUAAUUGUGCCAAGUGAAUUCAAGCCAACCAGUCCCGAGAGGGGUUGGUUUAUCCCACCUUUUGGAGGGAACCCGUGGUGGGUGUACCUGGCAGCAGCCAUCCCUGCCCUGCUGGUGACCAUCCUCAUCUUCAUGGACCAGCAGAUCACCGCUGUCAUCGUCAACAGGAAGGAGCACAAGCUCAAGAAAGGUGCUGGAUAUCAUCUGGAUUUGUUCUGGGUGGCCAUUCUGAUGAUUGUCUGCUCCUUUAUGGGGCUGCCCUGGUACGUGGCUGCCACCGUCAUCUCCAUCGCUCACAUCGACAGCCUGAAGAUGGAGACAGAGACCUCAGCCCCUGGAGAGCAGCCCAAGUUUUUGGGAGUGAGGGAGCAGAGAGUCACUGGUGUCAUCGUUUUCAUCCUGACCGGGGUGUCUGUCUUCAUGGCUCCCAUCCUGAAGUUCAUUCCCAUGCCCGUGCUCUACGGUGUCUUCCUCUACAUGGGAGUGGCAUCCCUCAACGGCGUGCAGUUCAUGGAUCGGCUGAAGCUGCUCUUGAUGCCUCUAAAACACCAGCCUGACUUCAUCUACCUGCGCCACGUCCCGCUGCGCAGGGUCCACCUCUUCACCUUCCUGCAGGUGGUGUGCCUGGCCCUCCUCUGGAUCCUCAAAUCCACCGUGGCUGCUAUCAUAUUCCCUGUCAUGAUCUUGGCCCUGGUGGCAGUCAGAAAAGCCAUGGACUACCUCUUUUCCCAGCAUGACUUAAGCUUUCUUGACGACGUCAUUCCAGAAAAGGACAAGAAGAAGAAAGAGGAUGAGAAGAAGAAGAAAAAGAAGAAGGGCAGCAUGGACAGUGACAAUGACGAUUCUGACUGCCCCUACUCAGAAAAAGUCCCAAGUAUUAAAAUACCAAUGGACAUCAUGGAGCAGGAGCCUUUCCUAAGUGAUAGCAAACCUGCUGACAGAGAAAAGUCACCAACAUUCCUCGAACGCCACACGUCGUGCUGAUACAAUUCCCUUCCUUCAACCACACGCCAUGCCAAGCCCUCCACGAACUCCAGUAAAAGUUGUGCCUCAAAUUAGAAUAGAACUUGAGCCUGAAGACAAUGGUUAUUUCUGGAGGAGCAAGGGAACAGAAACUACUUUGUAAUUUGUCUGUCUGUCUGAUCUUUUACGAAUCCAUUCUGUCACUAGCCAAAUGUUCAGAAGCUCCCUGCUCCCCCCGGCCAAGGUAACCGAGCCCCCGCCGCCCCUCCGUGCUGGGCUGCCCGGGACUGGGAAUGUCCCUGCCCGGGACUGGGAAUGUCCCUGUGGGAGCACCAGAGGCACUGGCUGCUGUCAGCCCUGCCUGGCAGGACAGAGCUGAGCUCCAGGCUGCUCCUUGGCUGCUCCCAGAUACCUGCUGGAACGUGCUGCUAACCCUCACGUGCUCUCACCUGUAGAUAGAAGAGAAGGUACUUCACUCCCGGCACAGACAGACCGUUGCCAUCGCUGUAGCAUGUUUGGAAAUGUCCCUUUCCUAUGCAAUUUUUUUUAAAGAAACACUUUAAUGGACUUAAUCCGUCAGGUACAUGGAAGAGUGUUAUUUUCCUAGAUUAUUUUGUUUAAAUUAUGGGGGCCUAACCUACGACUUUUUUU